UUAACAGUGAAUGGAGGAUGAGCAGCCCAGGACAGAGCAGCGGAACAUCCAACUCAGCCGACCGCUUUGAGGAUUUAUGGAGGCAGCUCGGAGAGUGCCACCAAAAUGCUUUUCAAGAACUCGAGGCAAAAGUGAGCAAGUUGAAAAAGGAGCGCUGCUUAGAUGCUCAGAGACUUGAGGUCUUCUACACUCGCACCCAGCAGCUGAAGGAGCAGAACAAAUCCCUGCAGGAUGCCAUCAGUCUCCUGGAGGAAAGGUUGCGUGCAGGAGAGUGUGAUCGAUGUGCCGUUUUAGAGGAGAACCUAAAAAAUAACCAAGAUCAAAAUUUACACCUCAUCGACAAACUGAAGAAUGAAAGAAACAGCCUUGAGGAUGAAAACAGAAAUCUACACGCUGAACUGCAAAAAUUAAAGAUGUCCCGCUCAGAGCCCCUGAAGGCCUCGUCCCCAGAACACGAAGACGGCAUCAUCCCAGACUCACCAGUCCUGCCCAGCUCGCUGCCCAUAACAAACAAACUGAGGAAACCAAAAAAUCUCAACAAAAUGAAACGUGUCCGCUAUGCAGAGAUCCCUCUACCACGGGCCAACAACUCGCUCUUCAGUGCCCUGGAUAGAGAACCUGCUGAGAACCGUGGGAGAACGCAAGUGCUCGUACCCAACACAUGUGAACUGGACACAUCCCAAACCUCAAAUGAUGUGACUGUAAAUGUGGAAGAAGCGAUAGCAGAAACCUGUGGCCUGGAACUGAUUGAGAAGCCUCACAUGAAAACUGAGACAACUUCAGGCCAGCAAAGCAGCUCAAAACCUCUCUGGAAGAAUCAUUUAAAACCUCACUGCUCUGUCUCUUCAUCCACGCUGCUCCACAGUCCAGACUCCACCACAGAAAGGUCUCCAUCACUUCUCCAGAGUGUCAAAAGGUUUUCAGAGAAUGGCUCCGUUCACAAAUCCAAGCGGAAGAAGGAGCAAUGUGAGCCGGAGGUUCAAGAGGAGGAUAAACAAAGAGUCCAGGACAGGGCGGACAAACAGAAGGAGAAUAAACACGGAGAACCUGAACUGUUCAAACGAACCUCCACAACUUUAAACAAUCAAAGCUUCCAGAAGGACGACAGCAAGGUUCGAUCACCACAAAAUCAGACGAGUGUUUCCUGUGCAAGUCCUGCAUUCAAGAAGCCAAAAGUUAAAGGAGAAGCAAACAAGGGCGGAGCUGGAAGGAAAGGAAACAGCCGGCAGGAUCCGAAAGUCUCACAUGAAGGAAAAGAUGCUGAGAGGAGGCAGCGAGUGGAGCCCAUGUGGAGCAUGGACCCGGCGCUCGCCCUCUCCAUGUACGACAGUGAGGUACAGUCUCUGGCUUUCUGCUCCUUGUUUUACCACUGA